AUGGCCGAUCGCAACUCAUUGCGGUUGCUUCUGUCCCGUUGGCUUCGACAACCACAUGUGCGUGAUUUUGAUUCGAUUUCGGGCUUGGCCGAAUUGCAUCGAUUCACCUCAAUCGUGGUCGGUUGGUAUUGGGCGUUUCAACCGAACAACACCAGCACCACACCGAGUAGUGAACAGCCAGGCAGUUGGACAUCACGUUAUAUGGGCAUUUCACCCCAAGUCAUGUCUGGACGGGUGUCGAACAUCAUGUUUCCAAACAUUGGCAAACGUAACCGAGACAGUAUGGCGAAAAAGUUGGAUUCCCUUUGUAGACACGCCGAAUAUCGGGCGAAGGCGUUGCAAAGUAAAUAUGCCGAAUCGGAUUCUGGCCCAUCUGUCGGUCGAACCAGCCAUCGUCGUCAGUGUUCACCACACUACGGGCCACGAUCAAAUCAAGCGUAUUCAACUGACCGGGUGCGAAAAAUCUCUGCUCCAAUCGGAAACUACACUGAAAUACCUUCUGGUCUAACCUAUUUCAAUGUGGCCGAGGAGCUCACGCUUAUUGACAAGGGUCUGUUUCUCAACUUACUCCUGCCGGAAUUGUUGAACAAUGUGCGCAAUCGACCGUGUCCAACGUACACGGCCACAGUGGAUCAAUUCAAUCGUGUGGUCAAUGUGGUCCAGUGUUCCAUACUGCGUAUCGGUCCAGGCUCACCGAAAGAUCCGAUCAACGGGAUGCGUCAGUCCCCGGUCUCUCCGGAUUGCAAAGCACCGCUGGCUGUUGCGGUCUGGUCAAAUAAGAAUGUCCGCUCACCGGACUCGGGAGUGUCCACAAACAGUGCGAUGGAAACAUUCUGUGAAGCGGAACAUAAACGUGCUCAGAUUAUUGCCCAAUGGAUCGAUAUUGCUUGGCGAUUACGUCGGCUGAACAAUUUGAACUCGUUACAAGCUGUCCUCGUCGCGCUGCAAAUCGGAGCUGUGCGCAGACUUCGCCAUUGUUGGACUAUUGUGGAGCUGUGA